AUGUCUGAGUGGUGUGUGAGUUAUAUGAGAUGUGGUGGUGAAACUGGACUGUAUCUCAACGGCUCUCAUCCAAGAGUUGAAGAUGGAGUGGUGACCCGUGAAGUCUUGGGAACUAAUGGGUACCAGUGUGGCUUCAACACAUCCACAUCCAUCCAAGUCAAAGCCUGUCCAGGAGAUUAUUACAUCUACAAAUUUGUCGAGCCAGAUGUGUCGAUCCACAAACCAACAUACUGUGCAGUUGCUUUCAGCAGCAUCAGCAGUGAUCCCUGCUACAACUAUGAGUCUCUGGAUCGUCCCUGGAGAGCCAACAAUGAAAGUGGAGAUUACAUUUGUGAUGAACGUUUCUCCUGGAAUGGCUGGUACCGGCUUUUCUACUAUGGAAUGGACAUCCAGAUGUCAGAGACCUGUAUUAGUUCAUUCAGCUGUAACACAUACUAUAACCUGUGGCUCAAUGGUCCUCAUCCUCAGAUAGAGGAUGGAGUGGUUACUAGAGAGGUCUGUGCAGGGUCUUAUUGGAGCAGCUGUUGUGAAUACAAAUCAAAACCCAUCAGAGUGAAAGCAUGUCCAGGCAAUUACUAUGUCUAUGAACUUGUGAAUCCACAAUUCUGGUGUUCAGGAUACUGUACAGAUGUCAACAACAUUUCACAGGUGGUGUCCUAUGUAAGUUCAGAUAAUAUCACUGGAUCCAACAUCACUUUAAAUUAUGACCCAUGCAAUAACUACCACACACUCGACAACCACUGGAGAAGCACACUCAAUUACUGGUAUUGGUAUGGCAAUAUAAAUGGACUUGAUGACACUCGUUUAGAUUGGGAUGGCUGGUAUCGGCUCUUCAUUAAUGGAUCAAAUGCUCAGAUGCCUGAAUGGUGUAUAUCCUUCAUGUCAUGUGGAGGUUAUAGUUCUCUGUGGCUUGGUGGCUCUCAUCCUCGGCUAGAAGAUGGAGUUGUUACUCGUGAAGUUUUUGGUUCUCGCUAUGAUCAGUGCAGUUAUUACAGAUCUGAACCAAUCCAAGUCAAAGCUUGUCUUGGAGAUUAUUAUGUCUACAAAUUUACCAGACCAGCGGUCUCAAUCCCAGCUCCUGUGUAUUGUGCAGUAUUAUUCACCAUCCCAAGCGUUGAUCCCUGCAACAACUACACCAUUCUUGAUGACCCUUGGAGAGCCACAAAUAACCCUUACGAUAGUAACUAUUACUCCUAUGGCAUGUGUGAUUAUAAUGUGGAGUGGAAUGGCUGGUACAGAAUGUUCUACAAUGGUCAAAAUACUCAGAUUGCAGAAUCAUGUGUGAGUCACGGCAUGUGUGGCACUUAUGAGCCACUGUGGCUCAACGGAUCUCAUCCACAUCUGGAAGAUGGAGUGGUCACUCGUCAGGUCUGUGCUUCCACAUGGAGUGGCUGCUGUGGUUACAAAUCCCACCCGAUACGAGUCAAAGCCUGUCCUGGAAAUUACUAUGUUUAUGAAUUUGUCAAGACACCAUUUUGUACAGUUUACUGUGCAGAUAUUGGAGGCCUUAAUGAGACAUCAACCACCGAUCCCUGUGCUGAACUCAACUGCACAGAGGAUGAAUGGUGUGGAGAGAAAAACAGCGUCUAUGGCUGUUUGUGUAGCAAGAAUCAGACCAGACCAGAUUCUUUAGAUUUCUCAGAAAGCUGUGAAAGCAGCUCUGGCUCCAUGUCCGUGUCUCGCUGUCAGCUCUUUGAGGCUGGUUUUCCAGCUGAUGUCUUGCACCUCAAUGAUCCCAGCUGCAGAGGAACGGUCCGGAAUGGCAGAGUGGAAUUCCAUUUUGAUAACGAUGAACACAUCUGUGGCACAAAUCUUGUGGCCAACGGCACCCACUUAAUCUACGGUAACUUUAUUCUGGGGGCACCUGGGUCAGAGGGUCUCAUCAGCAGAGAGAAAAUCCUCAAGCUUUCUUUCAGCUGUGUUUAUCCUCAAACACAAACACUUUCCAUGAACGUGGAAGUCAACCCACUGGAGAGUGUUGUGCACAAGACCCUCCCGGCUGGUGAAGGCAGAUAUCAGGUGCGGAUGAUUCCAUAUGAGGAUGAUGAGUUUACUCGGCCCUUCACUGGUAGAGUGGAUGCAGAGCUGGACCAGAAGAUGAAUGUGGAAGUUCGUGUCGAGGGGGUUGACAGCCGGCAGUUUGCCUCAAUUAUGGACAUGUGUUGGGCUACACCUGUGAAUGAUCCUGAUUACAGUCUCCGCUGGGAUCUCAUCGUCACAGAGUGUCCCAAUCCAAAUGAUGACACAGUGGAGCUGCUGCAGAACGGCGUCUCGACAUCCAGCCGUUUCUCCUUCAGGAUGUUCAUCUUCACUGCAAACUCCACUAAGCUUUACCUGCACUGUGCUGUUCACCUGUGCCUUAUGUCGAGCAAUCGCUGUUCAACGGACUGUAACUCUGGGUACCAGCGGAGAGAGCGCAGGUCUCUGGACUUCCAUGACAGCGCUUCUAUAUCCAUGGGUCCUCUGACGUUGUCUGAAGGGAACACAGAUAAGUGGGUCCCAAAUCAAGUGAAGGUGUCUGAGGCUUCUUCUCUGUGCGCUUCUCUGAUGCUUUUAUUUAUUCCUCUGAUGAGUGUCCUGACCCUCUUUUAG